GACGGUCAGUUGGAAGUAGUAAACCGCUGUUUGGAAAUAUAUAUUUGUUGCUUUGUUAGUGCUCAACCCUGAUAAUGGCCCAAAUGGAUUCCAUGGGCAGAGUUUUGGUUUAAUACUACGUUUAGCAGCUCAAUUGGCAUGACACCCUUUAAGGCAUUGUAUGGUCGAGACCCUCCAGUCAUCCUGAAACAUUCUGAACGUCCUUGUCAUGUUGAAGAAGUCAACCGACAACUGCAUGACUGCAAUAAUAUCCUUCAAGAACUAAAAGAUAAUUUGGUCAAGGCUCAAAAUUGGAUGAAACAGUUUGUUAUUGAUCUACUUGGACUUGGAGCUGCUUUGGCCCUCACAGAGGUGGGAGUGGGACCUACCUCAGCUGCUGAAUUGCCGUUGUUGGCCUCAUCUUUGCAACUGAGUGAACCAUCCAAUGUCUUGUCCUUGUCCACCUGGGCCGUGCAUGUCUCCAGUGUUGUUGAAUGGAUUACCGCAAUGGCUUUAGUGUGGCAAUAUGGAGAAAAAUCUGGGUACGAAGCAUGGAAAGUUCUUUCAUGGGGAAUGAGCGCACACUUUGUACCCCUGCUUGGUGGAGCAUUUUGUGCAUGCACAUGGCAUUUCAUUUAUAAUUCUGAGUCUCUUGAGGUAUUGAUGGCUCUUCAAGCCGCGCUUAUGGUGAUAGGAAAUGCUACAAUGUGUUAUGCUGCAUUUCGAAUAUACAAAUCGUCAGAGGAACGGUCGCAGAAUCUGUAA